ACCACAUCCGCCCAGCUCUAGUUCUGCGCAGACUCCAGGAAUUGUUUGUCGUCUCCAUGGCAACCUAGCAGCUGGGGUGUGAAGAUGGAUACCGAGUCUACGGAAGGAUCGCCGUCGCGAUCGUUACAUGUACAGCCCAGCUCUGAAGAUCUUGGGUCCACUUCAGAACCGUUUCCUUCUUCAGACAGCGUUCCUAGGUCUGCUUUGGCAGCCGCAACGUUAGCGGCUGCAUCAGCAGCUGAAGCCACUGCAGCCAUCACUACCGCCAAACCAGGGGCAUUAUCUACACAGAUCUCAGCGCCCUAUUCUGGGUUCACAGAGCCCUCCUCUGAUAUCAGUCUUCUUGGGGAGCCAUGCGUGGGACCCAGAUUUACCCACAAAAUAGGCCAUGGAAGUCUUGCCUUUGAACCUGCCUAUGUUUCCUGUAUUGCUGGGGAUCCUUAUACUACAUCUGACCUUAGUUCUAGCCCUGGCCUUAUUCUGGACUCCAGCUCUGGUCCUGGCCAUGGCUCUGUCCUUGGCUUUAGCUCUGGUCCUGGCCAUGACUCUCUCCCUGGCUCUGGCUCUGGUCCUGGCCAUGGCUCUGUCCCUGGUUCUGGUGCAGGACCUGCCUAUGGCUCUGGGCCUAGCCAUAGAUCUGUCCAUGGCUAUGACUCUGGCUCUGAGCCUGGCCAUGGCUACGGCCCUGGCUCUGAGCUUGAUCAUGGCUACGGCCCUGACUCUGAGCCUGUUCAUGGCUAUGGCCCUGACUCUGGCUCUGGGCCCGGUGGUGGCUAUGGCCCUGACACUGGCUCUGGCUCUGAGCCUGGCCCUGGCUAUGGCUCUGGGCCUGGCCGCGAUUAUGGCCCUGGCUCCGGCUCUGGACCUGGCCAUGGCUAUGGCCCUGGCUAUGGCCCUAGCUCCGGCUCUGGGCCUGGCCGUGGCUAUGGCCCUGGCUCUGGCUCCGGGCCUGGUCGUGGCUAUGGUCCUGGCUCCGGCUCCGGGCCUGGUCGUGGCUAUGGCCCUGGCUCCGGCUCUGGGCCUGGCCAUGGCUAUGGCUCUGGCUAUGGUCCUGGCUCCAGCUCUGGUCCUGGACGUGGCUAUGGCCCUGGCUCCGGCUCUGGGCCUGGCCCUGGCUAUGGUCCUGGCUCCAGCUCUGGGCCUGGCCCUGGCUAUGGUCCUGGCUCCAGCUCUGGGCCUGGCCCUGGCUAUGGUCCUGGCUCCGGCUCUGGGCCUGGUCCUGGCUCUGGCUCUGGGCCUGGCCCUGGCUCUGGCUCUGGGCCUGGCCCUGGCUCCAGCUCCGGCCCUGGCUAUGGCCCUGGCUCCAGCUCUGGCCCUGGCUAUGGCCCUGGCUCCGGCUCUGGGCCUGGCCCUGGCUCUACCUCUGGGCCUGGCCCUGGCUAUGGUGCUGGCUAUGGUCCUGGCUCCAGCUCUGUGCCUGGCCAUAGCUAUGGCCCUGGUUCUGGCCCUGUUCCUGGCUCCAGCUCUGUGCCUGGCCAUGGCUCUGUCCCUGGCUCUGUCCCUGUUCCUGGCUCUAGCUCUGGUCCUGGCCAUGGCUCUGUCCCUGGCUCCACUUCUGGUCCUGGCCAUGGCUCUGGUCCUGGUCCUAGUCCUGGUCCUGCUCCUGAGCGCGGCCCUCAAACUUCUUCAAGGUUCAGAAAUCUUACAGCAGAUCUGGCCCCAAAUUAUACCUCCUGGAGUCACCAUAGUGAAUGGGAGCCUCAGAAACCACCUUGGGAAUUUUUGCAAGUUUCAGAACCUGGUUCCCGAGGGCUGUGGAAGCCCUCAGAGGUUAAAAGGAAGCCUAAGGUUUUCAAUGAAACAUUGCCACGGGGCCAGUGCCUCCUCCACAACUGGGAGGAAGAGAGAGCCACCAACCACCUGGAUCAAGUCCCAAGCAUGCAGGAUGGCUCUGAGAGUUUCUUCUUCCGGCAUGGACACCAAGGAUUGCUGACCAUGCAACUACAGUCGCCCAUGUCCUCUACUACCACCCAGAAAGACUCAUAUCAGCCCCCAGGAAACCCGUACCGGCCACUUCGAGGGAAGCGUGAAGCCAUGCUAGAGAUGCUCCUGCACCAUCAGAUCUGUAAAGAGGUACAGGCAGAGCAGGAAACUACAAGGAAGCUCUUUGAGGUCGAGUCUGUGACACACCAUGACUACCAAAUGGAGGUGGUGCGAGCAGGGCCUCCUGCCCCAACAAAGCCUCACGAUUACCGUCAGGAGCAGCCUGAAACCUUCUGGAUACAGAGGGCACCACAGCUACCGGGUGUCAGUAACAUCAGGACACUGGACACACCAUUCCGGAAGAAUUGCAGCUUCUCAACACCAGUACCCUUGUCUCUGGGGCAGCCUUUGCCCUAUGAAUCUGAGAAUUACCUUCACCAAUUGGGAGAAAUGUCUUCCCUUGCCUGUCAGGGAAGAGAGCAGGGUGGUGGAGGCGGGAGAACAACUCCUGUCUAAGAGCUGAGAAAAGUGAACUGGGAUAUAGAAUAUGGAAUCUAUUUCUGUCUGUACUAGAGAAGUUGAGAGGAAAUUAAUUCUCUCUGUACUUGAUGAAGGGGCUUUACAUAAAGGGUUCUCUCUCAUCC